CAUGUGUGGACCACACCCAAAGUCCAAAUACAAGACUGGGGAAGUAGCAGAUUUUGUUUGCCAGGGCCAGGGCAUGUUUUAAAUAGCUGGGUGAAGCUGUUAUUAGGAGCGCGAAUUAUUUGCAAAUUGAUGAAAUAGCUGAUACAAGAGGGGCCCAGCAAUGGUCCGCCGAUCGCUGCGUCAUUGUUUUGCUCAUUUGCAUACAACACGUGCUUUCAGAGAACAGUAACGGAGGAAGAUUUGACAGCUGAGUGAUGUGUUGACGAUGAACGGCAGUCAUGCGUGACGUUUACCAGGAGGACAGCUUGGGAUGACUCUUCAGCAUAAACUAUGUUUCAUUGCAAUUAUUGUUUUAAAUUUGCUUCAGGCGGGAAAGGGACAAGCACAGAAGAAGCAAUGAUAGAGAAGCAUCAGCUUGCACAUCGUAUGGAUUUCAUGAAAUACGUUCCAGUCACGUAAGGAUUGAAAAUGUUAUUUUUCACAUGAUGGAUAAUGCACAUGGAUAUGUGGACACUAUGCAGUAACUUGCUGGUUGAUAUUGGUGGAGGGAGAGUGUUUAAGGGAGAUCAGCUGAUUCCUCAGAAUCCCAUGCAUCAAAUGGUAAUGCCCACGGACAGCGCAAGGGGGGUCGCAAUGACAUGUGACAGGUGUCACUCAAAGAUGCAAUCCAUUGCAGAACUGUUGUUGAUAUCAUGUGACGCGCGACCGGUGUCCAGUGAAGAUCUUUCACCUUUCACGAAAUCCUACUCGCGUUGUCGGGAUGAAAUCCUGGAUAUUUUACGUCGGUUGAGCAAUUUGAUGAAGGACGUUGCUUCUCAAGUCAGCAGCGUGGCCGCAGUUCACUGGCACGACAUCAGCAACUGUAUCCAAGAUAUGUCUGAUUUUGUUAUUAGACUUGUUGAAUGUUGCGGUCACAUUGCCUACCUCAUUGCAAUCGAUUUCCCCGAUUGUUCCCCAUCUCAAGCAGGAAUUAUCGACAGGUAUAAAAUCUGUCGAGCAAAUCUAGACAUAAAAAUAAGCUGCACUCGACUCAAACGAUCAAGACUUCACGACCUUCAUUCGCAGUUUCUAGUCGAUAUAUGCUCAAAUAUAUCCCAAGCUUUGUCAAUAAUGACGGAUGUUUGUCGUACCGCAGGUGAGAAUGCCUCCGACUCGAGUGACCAAGAACAGUUUAAGCUGUGUGUGAAAAGUGUGACUUCUAGUACAAGUUGUUUGAUUGCUAGUAUCAAGUGUUUUAAAUCUCAUCCCAAUUCUGGACACCUUGGUCGAAUUGUUGCCUUCUGUGAUCCUGUAAUGACGGCCAGUCAUGCCCUUGUGACUUUCACAACCGAAGACGGGUUUAUCGGGAAACCUGCCCACCUCACAGCUGAUGCCAAGGAAAGCCAGAAGUCGAUUUUAGGUGCCUGUAUGAGCAUCGUGUCUGCCAACGUCCAGACAUGUCGAUCCGUGCGGGACCUCGCCUACGACGUGAUGAACGCUCGGCAUCGCGAGAGAAUAGCUCUCUGUACCGAGUCCAUGGAUCGGGCGUCGUCACAGCUUCAGGACAUCAUCAUGAGCUACAGCAUCGACGACGCCUCCUCCGACACAACAUCAUCGACGGUGUCAUCAACCUCUUCCAGAUAGAUCACUACAUGCAACAAACAAGUGCUUUAUACAAGUUAUAGAGAUAUAUGUCAACAAGGUGCAUGUGUAAGUCACACACACAAACAAAUCAAUGAAAGAUUUCAAAGUCAUGAGACUACUUCAGUCAUUUAAUCUGUCAUAUUACCGUAUUCGACGUAAUAAGCGCCCCGCUCUAAUAAGCGCCCAAGAAAUUGGUUUGUGAACAAUCCCAAUGAGCACCCCUUCCGAUUGAUCAAUGUACACAAGACUUAUUUAUUCG